CGUUGACUUGGACUCCUGUUUCUGUUCGUCCGACAGCCGGCAGAACGGGAACAAAGCCGCACUAUGCCUGAACGGGAAGGUUGUCGGGGAGACUUGAAAAGCCAGAUGCGCAGUACGCACAAACCUUUAACCCGAAAUUCCCGGCAUUCCUCUUCAGGCAUGCAGGCAUCGAUGCUCAGCCAGCCUCGGAGUAGACUGUGUCAAUGACGCUGUGUUUUGGGUUGGUCGCCUCAGGCAGUGGCCGGCCUCGCAACCAGACUGGCUGGUCCGGAGAAACGUGAGGGAUCGCCUCAGGCCCCAAAAGACGGCCUCGUUUUCCAUUGCAUUCCUUUCUUUCCUCUCUUUUUCCUCUCUCAGCUUGUCAGCCCUUUCCCUUUCUUGUCUCACUCUUCUCAUUAUUGCCAUCUCUACCCCCUCUUCAGUCAAUGUAUUUACUCUUCUCCUGACAUCUGCUCUCCUCUCACCCUUUCCAUUGGUUAGAUUCUCUCUGACUUCAUCCUUCUGUCAAGCGCCAGUGUUACUCUUCCGACUGGGCAGGCCAGUUCCGGUUUAUAGGUUUCCCUGCCGAACUCGCCUGUACUCUUCGUUCUUUAACCAACGCUUGCCCAUUCACUCGUAUCCAAGCACCAUGAGCUCCUCAGAUGACGAUACCCCACUUGUGAAAGCAAACGGUCGAUCUACUGUUACCCCCAGCGUGACCAUGGGCGAUGCGACAGAGACAAAUGGCGAUGUCAACCCUGGCAUCUCGAACCGUUUUGGACCCGUGCAGAAGGACAAUGAUGUUCAGAUGACGGAUGCGGAAGCUCAGGACAACGGCGCCCUCAGCAAAAGAAAAGCGCGAACCAGUGUUGGUCAAAGAAAAUCUUACGCGGAACCAGAGAGCAGUGAAGAGGAUGAUCAGCCCUUGAGCAAGCGCCGUCGCACUUCUAUCAAGCAUGAAGAUCCGGAAACGGAUGAAGAUGUACCUCUAGCGCUCAACGGGAGAAAGCUGCCAAAGGCGGCGGAAACUUCUAUUAUUGAAGAGUCCGACUCCGAUGUCCCCAUUGAAAGGAAACUUGCUUCUCAGAAGAAGAGAAUUCAACAGAAAGCAGAAAAAGACGCCCAAGCUAGUCGCAAGCAAGAGUCCACGAAGGCGGCAGCGAACAAAAAGCCGACCAACGGCAUCAAAAAGGAGCCAGCAAAUGAUAAGAAGCCUGUGAAGAGGGCAUCUACAGCAAAGGUGAAGACAGAACCGAAGUCCGCGCAGUCUACCCCCGUGAAGAAAGGGAGUGCGAAAGCUACGCCAAUGAAGAAGGAAGAAAGCGAAGAGGCCGAGGAGGCUGAAGAAGAAGAAUACAAGUGGUGGGAAGAUCCCACGAAGGGUGAUGGAACGAAUAAGUGGACAACCCUCGAACACAACGGCGUCGUCUUUCCCCCGCCGUACGAACCCCUACCAAAGGAUGUCAAAUUGAAAUACGAUGGUGUUCCAGUCAAUCUUCACCCUGAUGCGGAAGAGGUGGCAGGCUUCUUUGGAAGCAUGUUGAAUGCGACUCAGCAUGUCGAAAACCCUACUUUCCAGAAGAAUUUCUUCAUGGACUUCCAAGACGUCCUGAAGAAGACAGGCGGCGCAACGGAUUCCAAGGGUAACAAGGUCAAUAUCAAGGACUUCUCCAAGUGCGACUUCCAGCCAAUAUUCGCAUACUAUGACAUGAAGCGCCUGGAGAAGAAGAACCUACCCCCAGCUGAGAAGAAGCGCCUGAAGGCUGAAAAAGAUGCUGAAGAAGCCCCCUAUACGUACUGCAUGUGGGAUGGCCGAAAGCAGAAGGUUGGAAACUUCCGUGUUGAACCCCCGUCUCUUUUCCGCGGCCGUGGUGAGCACCCCAAGACGGGACGUGUUAAGGCUAGAGUUCAGCCUGAGCAAAUUACCAUCAACAUCGGAAAAGACGCCCCUGUACCUCCACCGCCGGAGGGCCACCGUUGGAAAGAAGUCAAGCACGAUCGAGAGGGCACGUGGCUUGCAAUGUGGCAAGAGAACAUCAAUGGCAAUUACAAAUAUGUGAUGCUUGCCGCAAACUCCGAUGUUAAGGGCCAGAGCGAUUACAAGAAGUUCGAAAAGGCUCGUGAAUUGAAACAUCACAUUGAUAAGAUUCGCAAGGAUUACAAGAAGAAUAUGAAGAGCGAGUUGAUGGUGGAGAGACAAAAAGCCACGGCCGUCUACUUGAUAGAUCAGUUUGCCCUUCGUGCUGGUAAUGAAAAGGGCGAGGAUGAAGCGGAAACAGUCGGCUGUUGCUCGCUGAAGUACGACCACGUCACGCUCAAGCCACCAAACAAGGUUAUCUUCGACUUCUUGGGUAAGGACAGCAUCCGAUUCUACGAUGAAGUCGAGGUCGAUGCCCAGGUCUUCAAAAACCUGAAGAUCUUCAAGAAACAUCCUAAGGGUCCAGGCGAUGAGAUCUUCGAUCGGUUAACGACAUCUGCGCUCAACAAGCACCUUUCGAACUAUAUGCAGGGCUUGACGGCGAAAGUUUUCCGUACCUACAAUGCUUCACACACGAUGAGUACACUGCUCAAAGAGAUGAAAGCGACUGGCACCAUUGCAGAGAAGGUCAAGGCGUACAACGAUGCCAACCGUCAAGUGGCCAUUCUCUGUAACCACAAGCGAACUGUGACCGCGUCUCACGCUAAUCAAAUGGAGAAGAUGGGAGAAAGGAUCAAAGGUCUCCGUUACCAAAGAUGGCGUCUCAAGCAGCAGAUGCUUGAUCUGGAGCCUAGUCUUAAGAAGAAGAAGGGGGCUAAAUUCUUCGAAAUGGAUGAGGAUAUUGACAUGGAGUGGGUCAAAGAGCACCAGGCUUUCUUACUCGAAGAGCAACGCCAAAAGAUCCAGAAGAAAUUCGAUAAGGAUAACGAGAAGCUUGCGGCAGAAGGGGAGAAGGAAAUGAAGGCCAAGGAACUUGAUAACCGGCUGGAAGUAGUCAAGGACAUGGAGAAGAAGUUCAACAAAGAGAACAAGACAGGGAAAGUGGAAGCUGAAGGCAAAGGUCCCACAGUCGACAAGCUUGAGAAUGCCAUCCAGAAACUUGAACAGCGUAUUGAGACCAUGGAAUUGCAGGCUCAGGACAAGGAAGAUAACAAAGAAGUAGCCCUCGGGACGUCCAAAAUUAACUACAUCGAUCCUCGUCUCACGGUUGUUUUCAGCAAGAAGUUCAACGUCCCAAUUGAGAAGUUUUUCUCCAAGUCGUUGCGUGAGAAGUUUGAGUGGGCUAUCAAGUCCGUUGAGGAGGAUUGGGAGUUCUAGAUUAUUCCUUCCCCAGCAGAACUCGAAUUUUGAAAGUUUUACACGGCACUGCAUCUCGUUAUUUCCAUGUCCUUUUUAUCUUUAGUUGCUUCUAUUCCCUUCUCGGCCACCCUUGUGGCAAUAGAAGGGCUGUGAUAUAUGUCCCACAUUCUGGUUUCGAUAUCUCCUUUCAUCUUUCUGAGGUCAAUUUCCAAAGCAAAUUGGCUUUUUUGGAAUACGCUUGCAAGAGCCACAGACAUCUGUGGUAUACUUACUUCUAUCAUUGCUUCGCUCUGUUGUAUGUACAGCAACUCUUCAGACUCGCCAGCGAGAAAAGAACAAAGAGAAACAGAGAAGAAGGGAAGACGAAGAGAGGAAGCACUACCAUAUACCAAGCAAUACACAGGUCUGCAGACCUGGAAACUCAUCAAGAUGGAUAGAGCUUAGCAGCGACUUCUGCAGAAUACAAUAUUGUAUAUUCUUGUCAUCCUGUGCACUCCACUAAGUCAGCAGUACCUACAAUGUCUUGAACACUAGAACAUUGCCAGCAGUCGAAGCAGAAUGUAGACAUAGAACUAGGUCUCUUAACGCUGGACCUGAAUACCAGUGACUACCAAUAUGCCUUUUGCUCCAG